GCCGGGCGCUCACCGCACUUUGGAUCUUAAUUGGGACUUUAUCCCUCGGCGGUGGCUGGACUUUAGGACUCUGCAGCCAGGUCUGCGUCGUCGUGUCGGGUCACAGGUGCUGGCGACUCUUCCUCGGGAUCCUCGGACCGCGGGCCUGCGCGGUGGGACCGCGGGACGCCACCAUGGACGGGACGACCGAGCUGCUCUUCUACGUGAACGGCCGCAAGGUGAGCGCGCCCCGGGGCUGCCCGGCCGGUCCCGCCGGGCCUCCCCGGUGCUGGAGCGCUGCUCACGCGCCGGGCCCUGGGCUGCACGCGGGUUUGCCUGCGCGUCGGGGCAGGGAAAGGAUGCGUCUUAAGGGACUGCCUGGAUCUUUGGGUUCCGCCUUCCUCAUGUUCCUUUCUCCUCUCCUUCCAAGACGCACGGUAUCAACCGCACCCCACCCCAUAAACAGGAAGAGAAAUGACUGUCCUUGUUCGGCAGAGUCAGCACUCCCAAAUCUUCCCUCCGUAAGACCCAUCCCCAAACGGGAACGUCUUUCAUUAGGCCUCAGCUCUUGGGUGUGUUUGGAUGAGCAGAGAGCGGCUUGGAGUCAGGACAGGACCACAGAGAUGAAUUCAUUGAGACCUCUCACUCCCAUCGUUUCCAAAGUCACAGCUAGUUCCUGGCAGCACUGAGCCGACACCCUCCUCUGGGGACUCGAAGGCCCUUAGUGGGUCCACUGCUGGCGCGGCAGCUGCCCUCUCAGAAGCCGUGCUGGCUCUGCAGAUCCUCUGGGGCAAUUCCAGCGAUUGUCCGAUGUUUGGAGGCAGCAAAGCGCCCGGGGAAUCCUUUAAAACACUCCCACGGACGUGACCAUAGAUUGCUCACUCUUCAUGUUGUCCCAGCAUAUUGCCGCCACUUUGCAAGGGGGAAACUGAGGCAGGAGUGUUAAAGGGCUUCCUUAAGAGCAGACAAAGGAGCAAGGGCUGUGAUAGCGGCCUUUCCACACGCCGGCGCCUUCAGAGCCGCCCUGUGAUCCCUGCUUCUGGGCCGGGAUAGGCCGACUUUCCCUGACUGGCACAGGGACUCACCAGAAAGCUAAGGAAGGUCAAGCAUCAGGGCCUCUCACUUGUGAGGCCUCUUCUAAAGCCCUGAGCCUAGUUUCGCAUUUGGAUUUUGUAUUAUUUUUCUUAAAGAGGACUCCCUCCCCCAAACUGUGCAAGUUCUAGGCCCUAUAAAAUCUUCCUCUGUUCCUGCUGCCUGGAUUCCACCCUGGGUAAAAUGAGCUUGUUUUUCCUGAACUGUGUUGGGGGCCGUUAGGACCCCCUCGCAGGACUGCUAUGAGCGUGAACCAUGAUAAGGGCGAGGAUGGCAGAUGGGAGUUGGGUUUGAAGUGAUCGCGUGAUGUCGUUUUAUUUUUCUUUUGCAUAACUGAAUGGUAUAGUAGACACAGCUCUGGCCUUUAUAUUUGGACAAACAAGUAUUCAUUUCCAGCUCCAGUUCUUAUGGAGACAACCUAACCUAGCCUCAGUUCCUCUGUUAAAGAGAGAUAAUACUGCCUACUUCACAAAGAGUGAUGGUGAUAGAAAAAAAUGUCGAUCCUGAAACAAUGCUGUUACCAUAUCUGAGGAAGAAGCUCCGACUCACAGGAACUAAAUAUGGCUGUGGAGCAGGAGACUGUGGUGCCUGCACGGUGAUGAUAUCACGAUGUAACCCCAUUACCAAGAGGAUAAGACAUUAUUCAGCCAACGCCUGUCUGAUUCCCAUCUGUUCUCUGUAUGGUGCUGCCGUCACCACAGUGGAAGGCAUAGGAAGCACCAAGACCAGGAUUCAUCCUGUUCAGGAGAGGAUUGCCAAGUGUCAUGGCACGCAGUGUGGCUUCUGCACCCCUGGGAUGGUGAUGUCCAUCUACACGCUGCUGAGGAACCAUCCAGAGCCCACCCUGAGUCAGUUAACUGAUGCUCUUGGUGGUAACUUGUGCCGUUGCACUGGAUACAGGCCCAUAAUCGAUGCAUGCAAGACUUUCUGUAAAACUUCUGGCUGCUAUCAAAGUAAAGAAAAUGGGGUUUGCUGUUUGGAUCAAGGAAUAAAUGGAUUACCAGAGUUUGAGGAAGGAAAUGAGACAAAUCUAAAACUUUUCUCAGAAGAGGAGUUUCUGCCAUUGGAUCCAACUCAGGAAUUGAUAUUUCCUCCUGAGCUAAUGACAAUGGCUGAGAAACAACCACAAAGGACCAGGAUUUUUGGUGGUGAUAGAAUGACAUGGAUUUCUCCAGUGACCCUGAAGGAACUUCUAGAAGCCAAAGUCAAGUAUCCCCAGGCCCCGGUUGUCAUGGGGAACACCUCUGUGGGGCCUGACAUGAAAUUUAAAGGCAUCUUUCACCCAGUUAUAAUUUCUCCUGAUAGAAUUGAAGAACUGAGUGUUGUAAACUAUACAGAUAAUGGACUGACCUUAGGUGCUGCCCUCAGCCUGGCUCAGGUGAAGGACGUCCUGGCUAAUGUGAUCCUGAAGCUCCCGGAGGAGAAGACACAGAUGUACCAGGCUCUCUUGAAGCAUUUGGGAACUCUGGCUGGAUCCCAGAUCAGGAACAUGGCUUCUUUAGGGGGCCACAUAGUGAGCAGGCAUCCAGAUUCGGAUCUGAACCCCCUCCUGGCUGUGGGCAACUGUACCCUCAACUUGCUAUCAAAAGAAGGAAAACGACAGAUUCCUUUAAAUGAGCAGUUUCUCAGAAAGUGCCCCAGUGCUGACCUUAAGCCUGAAGAAAUCUUGAUCUCAGUGAACAUCCCUUAUUUGAGGAAGUGGGAGUUUGUGUCAGCCUUCCGACAAGCCCAGCGGCAACAGAAUGCGCUAGCGAUAGUCAAUUCGGGAAUGCGAGUUUUUUUUGGAGGAGGAGAUGGCAUCAUUAGAGAGUUAUCCAUUGCAUAUGGAGGCGUUGGUCCAACCACCAUCUGUGCAAAGAAUUCCUGCCAGAAACUCAUCAGAAGGCGCUGGAAUGAAGAGAUGCUGGACACAGCUUGCAGGCUGAUUCUGGAUGAAGUCUCCCUCCCAGGCUCAGCCCCAGGUGGGAGGGUGGAGUUCAGGAGGACUCUCAUCGUCAGCUUCCUCUUCAAGUUCUACCUGGAAGUGUCACAGAUUUUGAAGAGGAUGGACCCUGUUCACUAUCCUAGCCUUACAGACAAGUACGAGAGUGCUUUAGAAGAGCUUCAUUCCAGACAUCACUGGAGAACAUUAAAGUACCAGAAUGCAGACCCAAAGCAGCUUCCUCAAGACCCAGUUGGCCAUCCCAUCAUGCAUCUGUCUGGUAUUAAGCAUGCCACAGGUGAAGCCAUCUACUGUGAUGACAUGCCUGCAGUGGACCGGGAGCUGUUCUUGACUUUUGUAACAAGCUCAAGAGCUCACGCUAAGAUUGUGUCUGUGGAUCUGUCAGAAGCUCUCAGCCUGCCAGGUGUGGUGGACAUCCUGACUGAGGAACAUCUUCAUGGCAUCAACUCCUUCCGCCUUUUAACCGUACCUGAGAAACUUCUAUUGACAGAUGAGGUAUUUUGCGUGGGUGAGCUUGUCUGUGCCGUGAUUGCUGAUUCCGAGGUUCAGGCAAAGCGAGCUGCGCAACGAGUGAAGAUUGUCUACCGAGAUUUGGAGCCACUGAUCCUGACCAUUGAGGAAGCUAUACAACACAAGUCCUUCUUCGAGCAAGAAAGGAAACUGGAGUAUGGAAAUAUUGAUGAAGCAUUUAAAAUGGUGGAUCAAAUUCUUGAAGGUGAAAUACACAUAGGAGGUCAAGAACAUUUUUAUAUGGAAACCCAAAGCAUGCUCGUUGUUCCCAAAGGAGAGGAUCAAGAAAUUGAUGUCUACGUGUCCACACAGUUUCCCAAAUACAUACAGGACAUAGUUGCUUCAACCUUGAAGCUCCCAGCUAACAAGGUCAUGUGUUAUGUAAAGCGUGUUGGCGGGGCUUUCGGGGGGAAGGUGAUGAAAACUGGCAUCAUGGCAGCCGUCACCGCAUUUGCUGCAAACAAGCAUGGUCGUGCAGUCCGCUGCAUUCUAGAACGAGGAGAAGACAUGUUAAUAACUGGAGGCCGCCACCCUUACCUUGGAAAGUAUAAAGCUGGAUUCAUGAACGAUGGCAGAAUCUUGGCCCUGGAUGUGGAGCAUUAUAGCAAUGGAGGUGCCUCCCUGGAUGAGUCAUUACUUAUGAUAGAGAUGGGACUUCUGAAAAUGGAAAAUGCCUACAAGUUUCCCAACCUGCGCUGUCGGGCGUGGGCGUGCAGAACCAACCUUCCGUCCAACACGGCUUUGCGAGGGUUUGGCUUUCCUCAGACAGGGCUGAUCACCGAAUCCUGUAUCACGGAAGUUGCAGCCAAAUGCGGGUUGUCUCCUGAGAAGGUCCGAACGAUAAACAUGUAUAAGGAAAUUGAUCAAACACCCUACAAACAAGAGAUUAAUGCCAAGAACCUGAUCCAGUGUUGGAAAGAAUGCAUGGCCAUGUCUUCCUACGCCCUAAGGAAAGCAGCCGUAGAAAAAUUCAACUCGGAGAAUUGCUGGAAGAAGAAGGGGCUGGCAGUGGUCCCCCUGAAGUUUCCUGUCGGCCUUGGAUCAGUUGCUGCUGGUCAGGCUGCUGCCCUGGUUCACAUUUAUCUAGACGGGUCUGUGCUGGUGACUCAUGGUGGAAUUGAAAUGGGGCAGGGGGUCCACACUAAAAUGAUUCAGGUGGCCAGUCGUGAAUUAAGGAUGCCAUUGUCCAACAUCCACCUUCGGGGAACAAGCACAGAAACCGUCCCUAACGCAAACAUCUCUGGAGGCUCCGUGGUGGCCGAUCUCAAUGGGUUGGCAGUAAAGGACGCUUGUCAAACUCUUCUAAAACGCCUUGAACCCAUCAUCAGCAAGAAUCCUGGAGGCACUUGGAAGGACUGGGCACAGGCUGCUUUUGAUGAAAGCAUUAGUCUUUCAGCUACUGGAUACUUCAGGGGUUAUGAGUCGAACAUGAACUGGGAGACAGGCGAAGGCCGUCCUUUCGAAUACUUUGUUUAUGGAGCUGCCUGUUCCGAGGUUGAGAUAGACUGUCUGACAGGUGCUCAUAAGAACAUCAGAACAGACAUUGUCAUGGAUGUUGGCUGCAGUAUAAAUCCGGCCCUUGACGUAGGCCAGAUUGAAGGUGCAUUUAUUCAAGGCGUGGGACUUUAUACAAUAGAGGAACUGAAUUAUUCUCCUCAGGGGGUCCUGUACACUCGGGGCCCAAACCAAUAUAAGAUUCCUGCCAUCUGUGACAUCCCCACGGAGUUGCAUGUUUCUUUGUUGCCUCCGUCUGAAAACUCAAAUACCCUGUAUUCAUCUAAGGGCCUGGGAGAGUCUGGGAUAUUCCUGGGGUGUUCGGUGUUUUUCGCCAUCCAGGACGCGGUAAGUGCAGCACGACGGGAGAGAGGGCUGUUGGGACCGUUGAAGCUCAAUAGUCGACUGACCCCAGAGAAGAUUAGAAUGGCCUGUGAAGACAAGUUCACAAAAAUGAUUCCAAGAGAUGAACCUGGAUCCUAUGUUCCUUGGAGUGUACCCAUAUGAAUCAAAUACAAACCUCUGGCGAAGAUGGGGUGGCUCUUCCAACAAAGCAAUCUAUCCAGUCUCAAUGCUCUAGGAUGAUGGGUCUGAAAGACAAAUUUUCACAGUUCAGAAAUCAUUUCACAGAGUAUUGCUUUUAUAGGAUGCUGAUUUUAAAUGUUCCAUUUGGAAUUUGAUAGAUAUGCUUAAGCAAUUUAGAAAUCAUAUUUUAAAUGGCAUAAAUGCUAACUGGUUUCCUCUAGAAUGGUAUUCUUUAUUAUUCUGUCCCUUAAAUCCAUCCAGCUGAAUGGAAUGGAAGAUGAUGGUUUAUAUGUAAUUCAUAGUUGGCUUGUAUUCACCAACAGAAAUUAUACUGUCUAGUGAAAGGUGGUUUUCUAAGUAACUUUAUUAGUAUGAACUGUAAAGUUGUCAUUUUCUCAUUUGUCCCCAUCUGCUAACACCCUCUUUUUCUUGUCAGAAUGGAUCUAGGCACUAUGUCUAAAGAGUCUGUAGGACCAAAGAAAAAAAACCAGAUAAAUUGAAUUUAAUCAAAACUAAAAAGUUUUGUGCUUCAAAAGACACUAUGAGAAAUUGAAAACACAAACCACAGAACAGGAGAAAAUAUUGAAAAUAUUUGCAAAUCGUAUGUCUGAUAAAGAUCUACUGUGCAGAAUAUAUUUUUAAACUCUUACAACUCAACAAUAAAAAGAUAAAUAACCCAAUUUUUAAAUGGGCAAGGGAAUUAAAUAGACAUUUCUCCAAAGACAUCCAGGUGGCCAAUAAGCACAUGAAAAGAUGCUCAAACUCAUUAGUCGUGAAGAAAAUGCAAAUCAAAACCACAAUGAGAUAUCAUUUCACACCCACUAGGGCAGCUGUAAUCAAAAUGAUGGAUAACAGUAAGUGCUGGUAAGAAUGUGGAGCAAUUGGAACGUUUAUCCAUUGCUGGGGAGAAUGAAAAUGGUGCAGGUCCUCUGGAAAACACUUUGGCAGUUCCUCAGAAAGCGAAACACGUAGUUAUCAUAUGACCACUCUUACAUAUAUACCCAAGAGAAUUGAUAAACGUAUGUCCACACAAAAACUUGUACACCAAGGUUCAUAGCAUUAUCUAUAAUAGCCCAAACUGGAAACAGCCCAACUCUAUAAACUGAUAUAUGUGUUCUAUCCAUGUAAGGGAAUAUUAUUGAGCCAUACAGUGAAUGAAAUACUGAUACAUGCUACAACAUGGAUGAACCUUGACAACAUUAUCUGAGUGAAAGUAGCCAGGCACGGAAGGCCACAUAUUCAUAGUAUGAUUCCAUCUAUGAAAUGUCCAGAAUAGGCAAAUUCAUAGAGACAGAAAGUAGAUUAAUGGUUGCCAGGCCCUGAGGGGAAAAAGGAAUGGGACGGUGAUGGCUAAUGGGUACAGGGUUUCUUUUCAGGCUGAUGGCAAUGUUCUGGAAUUGGAUAGAGAUGAUGGGUGCACAACCUGUGUAUAUACUAAAAACCACUGAAUUA